CGCACGACGUUUGGGCUAGAUGGACUCCAGCAUCAACCUAGAGCGGCUAAGAGCAAGUAAUGAAGUAAUUGGUCAUCUUCUUAGAACACAAAUGUUAAAAGUUCACUUUCCUCUAACUCAAAUCUCAUAAGUGGUGCUACGUUUAUAACACGUCUCCCAGCCCUAUUUCUAACAGGAUGGAAGCCAAAUAGAGAUAAGAAAUUGGGAAAUUUACGCCUGACCGGAAGAUUUUUACUUGAUUACUUCCGGUUCGCCUAGAACACGGCAUUAGAAAUGAGGAGUAAAUAGGAAGCCGAGAACUGAAUCUGUCCACAUUUGGUGGGCCUGUCACUGUUCAGAUACUGUGUGUGUGAUGUUGGUCUAGUCAUUUCUACGAUAAUUCAGGAGAACAACAGUACGGAUCGUUCUCAACACGAUCGCCAGUGCAUCUAUAACGCUGUAAUAUUCACGUCGUAUGCACCUUUUGUACGUAACUACACAUGGAGCCUGACCAAACGUUUACUACAAGAUCUUCUUCAGAAACAGAAAGAAUCCACCAAAAAUACUCUGACUUGAAAGGAGGUAUCCUGGUCGUUGAACUGAAGAAAGGUCCAAAUGGACUCGGAAUCAGUUUGGUAGGAAACAAAGAUCGAACCAAAAUGAGUGUGUUUGUGUGUGGUAUUAAUCCAAAUGGAAGUGCAGCCCGUGAUGGUCGAGUUCAAAUCGGAGAUGAACUUUUGGAGGUGAAUGACACCGUUGUACAUGGCCGCUGCCAUCUGAAUGCCUCCGCCAUGAUUAAAUUACAGCCCGGUCCGAUGUAUAAACUGGUGAUUCUCAGGAGAGAAAAUGCUUUGCUUGAAAUGGCAGUCAAACCCUUGACACAGUUUCCUCUCCUACUGGGAGAUGAGGGUAACCACGGAUUAGGAAUUAUGAUCAUCGAAGGAAAGCAUACAGAAGUUGGUCAAGGAAUUUUUGUCUCUAAUGUCCAGGAAGGAAGUCCUGCUUAUCAGGCUGGUCUCACAGUUGGAGACAUGAUCCAUUCUGUCAACGAUUCAAUGCUGAUCGGUACGGACUACGAGACAGAAACUUUAGAUAUAUGUUUAGGAACGAAAAAGCCUUAUCUUACAAUUCUGUGUUUAAGCUUUCAAGAUACUAUUAAUACUGUCCCUACACCGAAACAUUCUUUUCUUUUUUCCAAAUUAUCCUUCCGAUCUCGAACUAACCCAUUAUCCUCUGCUAUCUCCUCUUUGUCCCGCCUGUCCUCUCCCUCCCCAACCUCUACCACUACCACCCCCAUAUCUCAAACUUGCAUCUUGGAGGAUUCUUCCUCGACAUCCUCUUCUUCACAAGAUUUGACGCAGAAUCCCAGAACAUGCGAGAUUUUACCAGGGCGAGGAGUAACUAUAGAAAUCAUCAAAGAAAAAAGUGGCCUUGGUUUGAGCAUCGUUGGUGGUUAUGAUACGCCUUUAAGAACAGUUUUAAUCCAUGAAAUAUAUCCUGAUGGCGCUGCGGCAGUUGAUGGAAGACUAAAACCUGGAGACCACAUUCGUGAGGUGAAUGGAGAAAACUUAAGAUAUGUCACUCGUGAAAAAGCAAUAACAGCGCUGCGACAAACACCCACCACUGUAAGAAUGACUGUCUACCGUGAAGAGGGUCUCGACUAUGAUGGAGGAAACAUAUUCGAUAUCAUAGAAGUUGAUCUUUUUAAAAAGGCUGGAAGAGGACUAGGACUUAGCAUCGUCGGUAAAAAGAGCGGUCCAGGGGUUUUUAUAUCAGACGUGAUUAAAGGAGGUGUAGCAGAAGCAGAUGGAAGAUUGACACAAGGAGAUCACAUACUAGAAGUAAACGGCCAAGAUCUCAGGGCUGCUACACAAGAAGUUGCAGCAGUUUUUUUAAAAACAACAGUGGGAAGGGUGUUCAUGAAGAUUGGAAGAUUAAAAAGUGGCACUCAUCGACGGACUAUUUCCACAAAGCGGAAUGACACAUCAGACCCAAAACGAAAAUGAAGUUUUCUUAGAUUCAAAGCAGUUCGACUUUUACGAGGACCAAACUGUUAAACUUCAGUAUUGUGGGAAGCUUCGGAA